AUCCUCUGUAGUAGCGCACUGUGCUCCUCUGCUCCUCAUCAACCAUCCGCCUGGAUUAAAGCCUCUUCUGGACUUCUCUCCUUUUUUUCCUCCUGCAAAAGUUGGAGAUUGAUUGGAAUCUUUAGCCACAAAUCGAGGGGGCAAGGGGCCAACAGGAUAUUAGAAAUCAAACGACUGGCCACAAUCCUCUCAGGAUGUCAGGAUCUACCAAAGUGCACCAGGAGCAGCAGCAGCAGCUGCAGCAGCGGCAGACUCUGGAGACACACUAUGAGAGCAGCUAUCACCAAAGCUCACUGUCAUCCUUUAGCCACCUGUCUUACGCCACUCAAAUGACCAGCAAGGGGGUAAAGGUGAAGGCAUCCACUAAGAAGCAGGAGAAGAAACUUAGCUCUCUACCCAAGACUCACAAGUGUGCCUGCCUGGCACUGGAUGAAAUGGACGCGGUCAUAGGAUACGUGGUACCUGUUUGUAAAAGCAGUCAUUUAGCCACAAAGGAGCUGAUGGAGAGCCAGCAGGAGAAAAAAGAAGAGGGUGUGGGCUACGUGGUCAUGAAGAACCUCUUCUCCAGAGACUCUGAAUAUGAAAUUAAACUAGUGAAGAAGAGCCACAGUAAGAUCAUAAGGGAGUCUGCUGAGAAACUUACGCUGAGCAAAAAGAUUGUAGAGAAGCAGGAGUUCCAUAAGAAGAUGAACAGGGACAGUCUAACUCAUCCUCCUGAAUUCAUGGUAAAGCCUCGCGGUCAGACCAUCUGGGAAGGCAAGAGUGUUACCCUGCACUGCACUGUAGCCGGUUGGCCCAAACCCCGUGCCGCUUGGUACAAAAAUAAUGUGCUCAUCGAUGCCAAGGCUCACCCAGAAAAAUACACCACCGAAAGCAAUUACAACAUGCACUCUCUGGAGAUUAAGAAUUGUGAUUUCAAUGAUACGGCUGAGUAUCGUAUCUCAGCUCUCAAUGUGAAAGGCGAGAGCUCUGCCUUUUCCUCUGUCAUCAUUAAAAGAUUUAGGGAAGAUGAAGUAACUGACAGACCACAUGGUUACAGUCCUGAAUAUGGUGUCACCUUUAGAACCACCAUAGUUGAUAAGUUUGAAGUUGCUUUCGGCAGCGAGGGAGAUACCAUGAGUUUGGGCUGCUUAGUCAUUGUGUACCCUACUGUGAAACGCUACCAACCUGAGGUGGUCUGGUACAGAAACGAUGUUGCCCUGGCACCCUCCAAAUGGGUACAGAUGCACUGGAGUGGCACACGGGCUACCCUCACACUUGUCCAUCUCAACAAAGAGGAUGAAGGACUGUACACACUGCGUGUUAACACCAAGUCAGGCUUUGAAUCUUACUCUGCCUAUGUGUUUGUCAGAGAUGCUGACCUGGACAUAGAAGGGGUCCCUGUUGCUCCUCUUGAUGUGAGAUGCCAUGAUGCUAAUAAGGAUUAUGUGGUAGUGACCUGGAGACAGCCUGCAGUAGAGGGCAGCAGCCCCAUUCUCGGCUAUUUUAUUGACAGGUGUGAGGUUGGUACUCAUCACUGGACCCAGUGUAAUGACACCCCAGUGAAAUAUGCCCGUUUUCCAGUUACUGGGCUCAUCGAGGGGCGCUCCUACAUCUUCCGGGUUAGUGCUAUCAACAUGUUUGGGGUGAGCCACCCUUCUCGUGUGUCUGACCCUGUAGUUGCCAUGGACCCGUCCGACCGAGCCCGUCUGAGAGCUGGUCCUUCUGCUCCAUGGACUGGUAUGAUUAAAUUCACUGAGGAGGAUCCCACAGUUGGUGUCAUCCCUGGGUCUCCUACUGAUCUGGCUGUGACCGAGGCCACUAAGAGCUAUGUGGUGCUCAGCUGGAAGCCCCCUGUGCAGAGGGGACAUGAGGGGAUCAUGUACUAUGUGGAGAAGUGUAUGGUUGGCGCAGACACCUGGCAGAGGGUAAACACUGGGAUGCCUGUGAAGUCUCCUCGCUAUGCCCUGUUUGACCUGGCUGAGGGCAAAUCCUACAGCUUCCGUGUACGCUGCUGCAACUCUGCAGGUGUUAGUGAGCCAUCAGAGGAAACUGAACCCACAACUGUCGGAGACAGACUGGACCUGCCAUCAGCACCAGGGCCUGUUGUGGCGAUCAGGAACACUGCCACUUCUGUCACGGUGAUCUGGGGGGCCUCUAAAGGAGAUCAAAAAUUGCUGCGCUACUACAUUGAUGUUAGCGUGGUGGGCAGCAAUGUGUGGGUUCCAUGCAACAACAAACCAGUUAAGGGCACCAGGUUUGUGUGUCAUGGACUGAACACUGGAGAUAACUGUGUGUUCAGAGUGAAAGCAGUGAACUCUGCAGGGUACAGCACUCACUCCUCCGAGUCAGAAGCCUGCCUGGUGGUAGCUGCUAUUGAGGUGCCAGCUCCACCAUCUGCACUGACUCUGGUAGAGCGUGUUCGUGACUACAUGGUGCUGAGCUGGCAGUCUCCUGCUAAAACCGGUGGAGCUGAUAUCAGGGGCUACUAUUUGGACUACAGGACUGUUAAGGGCAAAGUCACUAGCAGGUGGCAUGAAAUCAACACCAAGGCCAUUACUGGAACAUCCUAUAAGGUAGAGGACCUGAAGGAGAAUACACUGUACCAGUUUCAAGUACGUGCAGUUAACCAGGCUGGUAUAAGCGAGGCCUCUGUAGCCAGUGUUGCCUUUGAGUGUAAAGAAUGGACGGUCGCCGUGCCAGGACCUCCUCAUGGUCUUCAUGUUCUGGAGGUACGAAAGGACUCAAUGGUGCUGUUGUGGGAGCCGCCUACAUUCGACGGCCGCAGUCCUGUUACUGGUUACUAUGUGGACAUCAAGGAGGAGAAAGGCAGAUGGAGAGGUGUUCAGGACCGGUCCACCAAAGACACCUUCUUGCAGAUCUCUGGGCUAAAGGAAGGUGUGUCCUACCUUCUGCGUGUUCAUGCCAAGAAUAUAUCAGGUGUUGGUGGACCCUCCAAAUCUACAGAACCCAUUCUCACUCAAACCCGUCCAGGCACUAAUGAGAUUGUUGUGGAUGUUGAUGAUGAUGGCGUGAUCUCACUGAUCUUUGAGUGCUCCAAGCUGGCUGCAGAUUCUCAAUUUGUGUGGUCCAAGAACUACAAGGCCUUUACCGAUAGCUCUCGUCUCACCAUCGAGACAGUCGGCGGAAAAUCAAGAGCCAUCUUUAAUGACCCUUCACUUGAGGACUUGGGCAUCUACUCCUGUGUGGUCACAAACACAGAUGGGGUUUCUGCCAGCUACACACUAACAGAGGAGGAACUGAAGCGCUUGCUGGAGAUCAGCCAUGACCAUAAGUUUCCCAUUAUUCCUUUCAAGACUGAAAUGGCCGUUGAGCUUCAGGAGAAGGGUCGUGUGCGUUUCUGGGCCCAUGUUGGCAAGUUUACUUCCAAUUGUCAUGUGAAUUACGUCUUCAAUGAAAACAUCAUCACUCAAGGAAAGAAAUACACAAUGAACUUUGACAAGAACACCGGUAUAAUUGAGCUGUUCAUGGACUCAUUGGAGGUCACUGAUGAAGGAACUUUCACGUUUGACCUUGUUGAUGGCAAAGCUACAGGUCGAACCAGCCUGGUGCUUAUUGGAGAAGAGUUUGCUGAGCUUCAGAAGAAAUCUGAGUUUGAGAGAGCUGAGUGGGUCAGGAGACAAGGUCCCCACUUUGUGGACUACCUCAGCUUCGAAGUCACCUCCGAAUGUGACGUUUACCUGAAAUGCAAGGUUGGAAAUAUUAGAGCUAACACAGAGAUAAUCUGGUUUAAAGAUGGAAUCGAGAUCGAAGAGGGUGACGAAGAUGCUAAGAAAAUUGGCAUUGCUGAUGGAGUGCUGUCCUUCAACAUUGGCAAGCUUUCAAAGAAGGAUGCAGGUGUCUAUGAGGUCACACUGCAGGACGAGAGAGGAAAGGAUAAGACCUUGUUGAAUCUGACUAAUGAAGGGUAUCAGGCUGUGCUCAAUGAAAUGUUCAGAGUUAUAGCCAACUCUUCUACUGAGCUGAAGGUUCAGAGCACCGAGCAUGGAAUUAUUCUCCAUUCAUUUGUUGUGUACCACACUGAGGAGCUUCCUGUUGGCUGGCUCCACAAAGAGUCCAAGAUCUCCUACUCAGAAAGAGUGAAAUGUGGAGUCACGGGAGAGCAGCUGUGGCUGAAAAUCAAUGAGCCUACAGAGAAAGACAAGGGCAAGUAUGCUGUCGACAUCUUUGAUGGAAAAGGCAGCGUCAGGAGAGUUCUUGACCUUACUGGACAAGUAUGGGAAGAGGCGUAUGCAGAGUUUCAGAGGCUGAAGGCUGCAGCCAUCGCAGAGAGAAACCGGGCUCGUGUGAUUGGAGGUCUGCCAGAUGUAGUGACUAUCCAGGAGGGCAAGUCUCUGAACCUCACCGGAAAUGUGUGGGGCGAUCCUACGCCUGAAGUCAGCUGGCUGAAAAAUGUCAAGGAGCUGAGAGCUGAUGAUCACAUCACACUCAAGUUCGAGCAUGGCAAGUUUGCCAGCAUCACUAUCGCUGCAGUCAGCACAACUGACUCGGGCAAGUACGCCCUACUGGUGAAGAACAAGUAUGGCACAGAGGCUGGCGAGUUUACAGUCAGCGUCUACAUCCCAGAGGAUGAGAAUGAGAAGAAGGAGUAAAAGAAGACUAAGGGGAAAAGAAGGGUUCCAAUGUGUAAAAAAAAAAAAAGUUAAGAAUUAUGUCCCAUAGCAUUUUACUCCAAAAAUGUUUAGCUUUAGAAUGCCAUAAACACACUAAAUCAAAACAACAAAUUGCCUUGUAAUAGCAGGAUCAACAUUAUGGCAAACAUUUUUUGUUUUUUAAUUAAACCAUUUUACCUUAAAAUAAUGUAGGGAAUUAUUAACAUACACCACAUUGUUGAACAAUACAAUCUUUUUGUAAAAACACUUUAUUGCAUCAAAACAUUUAUUUUAAGAUUUUUUUUUUUCAAUUUUAAAAUGCAAGGUGCCAUAAUCAUCCAAACAUAUUGCUAUCUAUUCAAUAAGGUAAUUAGGUUAGAUAAAAUUCUAAAUUAAAUUGAUCAUGGCUUUAUUUCAGAAUCCUUUAAAAUAACAGAAGAGAACAAGAUUUGAAAGGUAUUUAAAUUACUAAUUUAUACAUACAUUGUUUUACCACUGCUUCAUUCUGGUUAAGAUCAUGCUGGGUCCGAUUAAUUGGGCAACAAGUUCAUUAAAAUUACUGUUUGAUUUUAAACAUAAUGCAGCAAAAUAAAGCAUCUUUUUGAUAUGAUUUUAAGAAUUAGUGAAGUCACAACAACAUUACAUUAGUUAGGUUGGUUAAAACUGUCAGCUGGAAAUUCCCCAGAAAUCCAUGUGCAUAAAACCUGUAAUUUAAAGAAUGAACACAUUACAAAUUAUUGCUAAUGCAUUUACACCCAUUUAACACAAUUCAUACUCAGAUUUGUUAGUGUGAUAAAUCUAAACAGGAACAAAUUGUAAUAAAAUAUUUUUAUUUAAUAAUACUCUCAGCUAUUUUCUCUUACUUAUGGUUUUAUGAAAAUAACCUUUAAAAAAAUAACUGAAAUAGUUAAACAUCAAAUGCUCUGACUAAAAAUAUAACCUGGACAUCAAGACUUAUCUUUUCCAUUUAUUUCUUAUAAUACAGAAAUACUUAAUAGGUCCCCGGUAUUUCAACUCGGAAGGUCUUACCCUGUUUGCUUACAUGUUUUAUUAUAUUGUUGUUAGAAACAGUUGCAUUAUGUUAAAAAAAGCGAGAACACUGUAGUAGUGUAGCCUUGUAACUCUGUAACUGCAUUGUAGAAUCAGAUCAGCACUGUAAAUCUGUGUUUCAAUCCAACAGCAAUUUGUGUGAGAAACCUUUUUCAGUGUGAUGUUGGAUGUAAAUGUAUGUAUAAGCUGUAUCUGUUUGUAAUACUGAUGGUCUAAAGUCACCUUGCGUGUGUUCUAAUGACCGACUCCAAGAAGCAAAGUGUGAUGCAACAAUCGAUAAUAAAGACAAGCAAUGCAGAAAA